AUGACGUCACAAUGUGGAAUUGUAACCAUAGGCAUAGCAAAACCUCUACCGUGCAGUACCGUCGUCGGCGGAGACAAGGCCAAUGGUCCUAGUGUGCAGAGUAGCCAGGAAUGUAUUAACUCGUUAGCGUCAGAUGAACACACUGGAAUGGAUUCCUUCCAUGAAUGCCUCCAAGAAUACGGAGAAGGGUUAGAAGUAGUACAAAUAUGUUUAGAACCUGAAGAAGCUUCGAUAAAAGAUGACGAGUUAUCAGCUCUUGGAGAUUUCAGUUUUGAUGACUAUAAAAAGAUAAAAAAAGAAAUCAUCAUUGACGAUACAAAUGAAAUUAAGGUUAACGGAAUAAGUGAAAUGAAGUCAUCGAAAUCUGAUGAGUCUUUGGAUGAUCACGAUGAUGAUAUGACAAUAACUGAAGACGAUGUUUUAGUAGCACCUAGAGAAUUAACUAAUAGUAGGAGCAAAUCUGUUGAUAGAAGAGAUGAGGAUAGAGAAAAAUGCCUCUCAAAACAGCAAAGUAAAGAAAUUUCUACGUCGGAUGAAAUGGUUUUUGCUGUUACUCCAACAGGCUUGGAAAGGAUUAGUUUUGAUAAAUACUGGAAAGAAAACGGCGUAAAAAUUGAAAAGCAACUAGAAAAAGUUAAAAGUGAUGAAAGUUGGAAAGAGUGUCUCAAUUCCCCAGUUGAAGAUACAAUCAGUUUUUAUGACGCAACCACUAGAAUCUCCGUCCAGGAUGAAAACAAUGCCUUGCUGUAUAUAGAUCACGAGAUAGAUGGUUACGAAACAUGUCUGGACGAAGAUUCAUCGUCACAAAAGUUUACUGUAAAGAACGCUCGUAAAAUGAACGGAGAUACUGACAUCAAAGAGUUUAGUAAACACGAAAAGAUAGAUUCUAAAAACAAAAACAACGAUGUAAGUGCCAAAAUAGUGAACGUAGAGACUUCUAAUCAAACGGUUAGUGACGAUGUGUCGUACAGCCACCCGUACGUGCAAGAGCACAUCAUUAAACAGAUGAAGUCAUUGCGAAUAGAGCCAUUAAACGUAAAUGUUUACACUAAAAAGAAGAAACGCAGUCCUACAAAACCGUCCAAGCACGACAGUCCGAGAAUACAAUGCGUGGAGUACUAUAACGAUCAAGCAGAAUGUUUGAAGGAAAUACGACAGAAGAAACUCGAAGAAGAAGAAAAGAAACAUAAAGAGGAACAGAAGAAAAGAUUGAAGACUAAUUUUGCUGCUAUGGAGAAGAGAAUUCAGAUGAAACAACAGGCCAGUGAGGAAUCUACAGACGCUGAAACGACCUAUGAUCCUAGUUGUCAUAAGUGUUUUUUGGAGAAUUAUGCGUAUGUAAUAACCCAAGCUUAUAUGGCAGAGGCUAAUGCGUGUAAAUAUUGUGAAGUGAUUAGGGAAAUGUUGGAGGUGCCUAAGGACAGUAGUAGAAGGGGUUCGGCUCCUGCUUUGGUGAACUUAGACAGCGGGUGUUCAGAAACUGAUGAUGAAGAUCUGUUAAUGGUGCCCGUAGUGAAGGACAGGCGGAAAUCUGCUGGACCACUAAAGUUUCCAGCGUCGUCGAGGAGACCGAGUUUUGUGCCACUACCGACGAUGACCGUCACAGUAUCAUCAGAUCGUCGCACCGAGACCCUGGUGGCACAACGCUGGGGUCCGCCGCGGCAGGUCACGCUCAAGCGAUGCCCUGGAGCUCCACUGGGUGUCAGCAUCGUCGGAGGAAAGGUUGAUAUAAUUUCACACGAUGAAGAUGAAGAUGGAGAAGAGAAGGCGAUAUUUGGUAUAUUCAUCAAAAAUGUGGUACCUGAAAGUCCUGCGGGAAACAGUGGACAAUUACAAACAGGCGACAGGAUUCUGGAGGUUGAUGGAACUUGCGUAAGAUCUGCGCAGCACGAGCGUGCAGUGCAACUCAUCAAGUCUGCUGGAGACACCGUCACACUCACUGUACAGAGUCUACUUGCAUGGAACACUGACUCUUCAGACGUAGAAGCAACAACGCCUCCUGUGACUCCCAAACCGUCUGCCAGAAAAUCUCCAGCGCCUUCAAUACUGGAUAAAACACCAACUCAUGAGAUAAAAAUAACGGUAACAUCAGAAGCAGACGUAGAAAAAGACGCAGAAGAGGCAGCUGAUGAACAAGAUAAUAAAGAAGCGAAUUCUGUUGAAAAGAAGCCAGUAUAUUCUGACUCGGAGAGUAGUGAUGAAGAAGACGAAAGAGAAUUGCAGGGAAGAACUUACUCGGAUAAAGGUGUUGAGAUCGAUCGUGCUUCAGCCGGCGCAGUGAAGCGCAGCAAAGAAGAGAAAGAAGCAGACCCAGAAGAAGAAGAUGACUUCGGUUACACAACAAGUGAGUGGAAAGAUACAUUGUUCACGUUAUUUAACUUUUCAAUUUAUUUGUUUCAUGUGUAUUUUUAUGCGUGUCUUGUUGAACAUGAGCCUUGA